CCCCAGUGAAUAGACUUUGGAAGGUCCGGGUUCCAAAUUCAGAUACGUAUCCCUGCAACUACUAGUUGUUUUGAGCAAAUUACAGUAUUUAACCUCCAUCUCCUUGGCUCAAAUCCGAGGCAGCCGCUUGAAGUUUUGUUUGCCAGUUAUAAAGAAAUGUUUGCUUUUUCUUUCAGACUUGCCCAGCGAUGCUAUCGGGUAUCGUAAAAUCCUGUGGCCAUUGAGGUUACUGAUUAAAUUUAAUCUCAAUUUGGUUUAAAGAAAACAAACACGUCCACCCACCCAGUGUGACCGUUUUUUGCUGGAUGGGUGGGACACUCUCGGAGAGCUAAACAAAGCAAUGACUCUGUUUGUGGGACAAAGCACUUUUAUAAAAGGAGCUGUCAAACCAACAGAUGCCGUUGAAGGCAGGCGGUUCCUCCGUAUUGCUGAGAGAGCAGCGUCUUUCUCCCUCCGGCAAACUCCGUGGGACUUUCCAUGGAGAAUUUGCAGCUUGUGAAUGGAGCCGGCAAGGAGAUGGAUCAAUGCGAGAUCUCUGAAGAGACGCCACUCCGAACGGAUGGUGGCCCGGGAGUCAAGGGUUACUCCACUCAAGAGGACAGGUCUUGCUGUUUGCCUGGCAAUAAAAGUGUGGAUCUAGAACUCGGGAUUCCCGAAACGGAGACUUCAGCGUCUUUGAGUCCUGCUGCUCUGAACGUGUUGGCCCCGGCGCCUCUCCGGCAGUGCCCGUCCAGGGUCUCCGUUGCUGAAAUGGACUGCCUCAUCUGCUUCAACCGAUACAGCUUCGCCCGGCUGCCCAAAGUCCUGGCGUGCCAGCACGCCUUCUGCGCCGUGUGCCUGAAAUUGAUCUUGCGGAAUGAAGAUCGCACCUGGGUCAUCAGCUGUCCCCUCUGCCGAAAGACCACCGCGGUAUUCGGCGGUCUCAUCUGCAGCCUCCGCAACCAGGAGCACGUCAUGGAGCAGCUGGGGAGCCCGGAUCCAGAUGCCAAGGGCGCUGGCUCUCCGGGCGCUGCUGGCGCUCGUCGUAGCCGGCAUCCUUCCUCUGAUGUGCAAUCCCAGGAUGGUGGAGAGAUCAACCAAGCUGCCACCAAGAGGCUGAUCCUGCUCUUGAUGAUCGUCUCUCUGCUGAUUGUCCUCAUCCUCCCGUUCAUGAACACCGGACUGCUGACGUGGUCCCUCUGCUUCAUGAUUGUUUUGUCGGUCAUCGUAUCCGUUGUGCUUUGCUGGGAUCCCAGCUGGAUGCACCCAAGUCUUUCGGUGCCCCGCUGCACGAGGAAGGUCAACCAAGUGGCUUGAGAAUGACCCGCUUGGCUUCCUCGAGGGAGGGUCACAGGCCCCUUGGAGGGCUUUGGUGCGUCAGCAUCCGGCAGAGGACCAGGACCAAGGGAGUGACUCAAGGGGUGUCAGGGCUGGAUGGGCCCAGAUGUUCUCAAUCCCUGGGCAUGCACCCCUGGAAAUCAUUGCAGCGAUCCAUAGCUGUCUGUAGAGUGUGGCUUCGUGCCACGCUGGUCAGAAAAUAGCAAACACAAUUCUGAACGAUACGGUAGGAUUCUGGAGGAUGUCUGAACACGUUUCCCCCCUGGUUUUACGGCUCCACGGUAGACAGAGGGUGGCUUCUGGCUUCAAAAAUGGUGGGAAAGAUCAAUAACAUCUAGAUGGACACUCCAUGGUGGAGAUCUAGUCUACCCCCAAAGAGACAGUGUUAAACGCCAACAACUAGGGUGAAUGGUGGCCCACGUGUCCUCCUUAAAGGUGGUCCUUGAAGCAGAUGAAGAUGUGAGAUUUGAUAUAUCAGGGACUAAUUGUAGACUUGGUUGUAAUUUAGCCAUUGCUCUUCAAGGGCUGCACAACCGUAAACAUUUAAACCCGGAAGCUUGCUCUUUAAUUCCAUUGUUAAACACAUCAUUACGGUGCUUAAAAAGAUUUUAAAAAAUCGGCGCACACCAACCGGGGAUUUCAAUCUAUUUAUUUCAGGGUGGCUUCCACACCGGGGGACGUAAAAUUUCUUCCGGAAACAUUUGAUGUAGGAUGCAAAUGGGUUUGUUCUUAGGUAUGGUUUGGGGGGAAGGUUGCAACUGUUUCUGAGAAACCAAGAUUCGCGUUAGGAAGUUGGGACAAGCAGAGAUUCAGCAGCCCCGAAGGGAGGGCUGUUGAAGCGUUCAGUAUUGUUGAAAUGUUUUAUGUAUAUGCUGUAAAGAUUUGUAUAAAGAGAAUUUCUCCUUGGUGGUUUUUGGCUUUAUUCUGCUUGCCCGCCCAGAGCUUUUGGUGGGCGGCUGAAGGCUAGAAAAGGGGCUCUGCAUUUACACCUUAACCACAAUUCAACUGGUGAAGCUCUCCCAGGCUUUGGGACAGAAAAACUUCCAUUUGCACUGAAUCUCAGUGAUUGCAUAGAGAAGAGAAAAGUUAGACAAUGAUUUUGGGGGCUGUGCCUUUCAUUGCGUGGUCAGCUAUUAAUUCCCUUGCCAUGCAGAAUCUCGGUUUCUAUUUCGCUUGCAAAACAGCCCAGCCUCGUGUUUUUGCUGGUCAGCUGCUUCGCCAAAAUAAUCCCAUUUAAAUCACAGAAGGUUUGCUCCAAAGGAGAGAAUCAAAAUGCAUCAGAAGCAGCCCUCCGUCUGGUAACUGCGUUUAGGAUUUACGGGCCUUGCGUCCUAAAAUCCCCGCUGUCGCUUCCCUCCCUUAAAUGCAAAUUAAUUGCGCUUUCCAACGCCACUUCCAACUUCCCUCUUCCUCUUUAAGUCGCUGCGAAGGUUGCGUAGCCCUCCCCUUUUCCUGCGUGCCCUACGCCUCACCUGUGCGUAACGCCUUCCGGGAAUCGCUCCUUCCC